CUAGGUGAAUUUAACUGAGCAGUAUUGUCUCUUGAAACAAAUUCAAAGCUUUGGGCCACUUAAUGCACCCUCUCGGCCCUCGCUCCAUUCUCUCUCUUUCUCUCUUCCAUGCAAGCGCUCCUUCCCAGCGUGGAAGAAGGACAGAAAAGGAGGGAAGACAGCAGCACACAGCACAACAUACUGUUGCUUAAGAUCCAAUAUGGAUGACCUACAAAACAUCACUGUCACCUAUACCUCCUCCUAUUCGUCCCUCGCUACUCCCCUCUCUAACCUCUCUCUCCCUUCCUCCAACCUCUCCAUCCCUAUCUCCCCUGCCUUUCCUCCUCUCGACCUUCAUCACCCACUCCCCACCAUCAUCGUCACACUUGUCCUCUUCCUGCUUUUCGGAGGGUGUGUGAGCGUUCUAGCGGUGUGUUGCUCCUCAAGGAGAUCAGAGGAAUUGGAUGGAGGCUGUGGGCUGGGUGGUGACCUCUACUGUGGUCAGUCUUCACCCAGCGAGCCCCAGCUGAAGCUGUGGAAGCGACUAGGCUCCGUUCGGAGGUCUUUCUCUUCGGCCCCAUCCUUCAGAAGACCGCCACAGCCUUCGGCCUCGGCCCAGAGCAGGCUACAGUCCAAGCUGGCCUUACAGCUGGAGCAGGACAGGAUUGACCCGCAUGUUCAGCUAACCCUGCCUUGUUUACUACAGUACGCUACCGAGAUAUAGACACGCAAAUACUACACCACAUAAAGAUAACGCAAUAUACAUAUAUGCUGCCAUCAAAAACAUGGAAUCACUGUUCAAUAAAAUCAAUUUGUAUAUUAGAAUUUCAAUAACUCAAUAUUUCUGAUGUCACAGCCAUGAAAUAUGUACAUAGGAUCAUCCAUUCAACCUACAGCAUUUUAUUCCCCCCAUUUUAUGUUAAAGUAAUGCUUAGACUUAGACUUUAGACUUUAGACUUUAGACUGCGAGGCUUAUGUUGAAGUUAUAUGCAGUGUUGCUACUGCAGACAGUCUACUCUGCAAAUUCACAGGCUUCAAAUUAGCAGGAAGCCUGUGUGACAAAAUUUUAGAUGUGUUCAGGUUGAUGAGGGCAGCUGUAGAUGAUUCCACAAUAAUUAAGAAUGCUGUAGAGCAUCAGGAAUGAAGUUAGACCAAAUUUAACGUGGAAUUUCAAAAGAUAAGUACAAUAUAUUAUUUAUCAGUGAAUGACUCCUUUCUGUUCAUAAAAAAAAAAAAACUUUGGAAUAUUGAAUUCAACAUUUCCA